UUAACGACUGCCUAGUAUAUCAGAUGCAGUAUAUAACCCUAUUCUACCCCCCUCUCACCUCCACCACUACAACCAUCCAUCCACCCACCUAUCUACUAAACAAACACCACAACCACCCAAUUUAAAAUGACCUCCACACCCGACACCCCCACCACCGCACCACCAACAACAACAACCCCCCAAACCCUCACCAUCCCCCUCACCAUCCCCAACCGCGCCCCCCUAACCCUAACCAUCACCAUCACCCGCAACACCUCCCCACGCGACGUGGGCUUCCACCUCCUCUUCCCCUCCACCCCCAUCACCUCCUUCCUCGACUUUCCCAUCUGCCAAGCCACACUCACCCCAUCUCAACCCUCCACAAGUACACCACCACCAACCGGCUACGCCUCCCUCUACGGCUGGAUCCAAUUCGUCCGCUCCCAGCCCCCAUCUGAACCCCCUUCCCCCUCCCUAUCCUCAAAAGACACCGAAAAAAAGAAAGAAAUAGAAACAUGGACCCACGACCCCCUCCCCCUAACCUCCAGCACCAACACCCCCUUCGCCUACUUCGGCCACCUACCCACCAUGUUCGACGCGCCUGCCUACCCCGACGCCACAGAGAUGGAUUGGACUGCGCGGACGUUUCUGGUCUAUGUGGAUGAUUGUCUGAUGAGUCGGGUGGUGAGGCCGGUUGUUGCCUUCGAGUGGGGGUUUUUGGUCACGGAUGGGAAGAAAGAGGUUAAGGGGGUUAGGGAGGUGGGGGUGGAGAGGUGGGAGGAGCAUUUGGGGGGUUGGGGGGGAGGUUUGAGGGGUGGUGUUUUCUUAGAGGGGAUUCUUAGGGUUUUGGGGUUAGGGUUGGGAGGGGGGAUGUAUGUUAUGGUGUUGAUGGUGGUGGGUGCGUGAUAUUCAUGGGACUAGUGUUGUCUUUAUUGUUGAUUCUUCGAGUAAUGUUGGAAUAGCUUCUACUUUAUAUGCUAGUCAUUAGAAGGGGUAGAUUCUUUUUGGUCUCUGUAAUAGUAAGCUUUGACAGGUUAUAGGUUUGGAAGCUGCUUUGUCUCUAAUAAUACA